UCUUGUCGCGCCUCAUAAUUCGAGACAAUGUCACGUUUAAAUGAUGAAUGAAAAACGCAGAUUAAACAGAGAUAUGUCUAUACAUAAUUUUUAUAGUUAACACAUGCUUGAGAAUAAAUAUAAGAUGAUAACUAAUUUUAAAUUUAUUAAGCCUACUGACGUGUUGCAAAACCUCUAUUUCUUCAUAUAAUUGAAAUAUAAUAUUAAAUAUCGAAAAUAUUAUAGUUAAUUCGUGAACAAAAUGAAAUACUAUGCAUUUGUAUUGUUAAUGUAUUUGCCAUGUGAAAGUGUUAUUGGUCAAAUUCCACCAAUUUUUGGAUCACAAGUACCAAGUUUUCCCACAGGACCAUUCUUGGGACCUGGAAGUAUAAACGACAUAUCAUCUUAUAUUAUCAAUGGUGGCAGACAAAUUAUUAAUCCUGGUGUUCAAUGUUACUGUGCGUUGAAUGCUUCAUGCAGUGGAACACCACAAAUACCGGGCAAUAAUUUUGACGUUCGUAUUAUAAAUUCUGGUCCAACAAAUCCUCAGUCAUGUCCAACUGGUUAUGUUUUUUGUUGUGGAGGAGUACCACAACCAACAAAUCCUCAAUGUGGUAGAAGAAAAGUGAAUUUAUCAAAUACUGUUGGAGAUUUAGCUCCAUAUGGUGCCUAUCCAUGGCAUGCAGCAUUAUUUGAUCGAACAACUGAUCAGUAUAUAUGCGCUGGAGUUGUUAUUAGUACAAAUUACAUAAUCACAGUAGCACACAGAGUAUUUAAUUUAAACAACAACUUUAGAAUUAGACUCGGCCUAUGGUCGUUAUCAGCUACAGCAUAUCCAUAUUUCGAUGCUUAUCCUGUGUUCACACAAUUACAUGUAAACUUCAAUAGAAAUACUUUACAAAAUGACAUUGCUAUUAUUCAACUUGAUAGACCUGUACCAUUUGCUAAUUAUGCUAGUAUUAAUACUGUAUGCCUUCCAACAUCCAUUCCUGCUGCAGGCACAAGAUGUUGGACUGCUGGAUGGGGAGUAAAUUCUUUUAAUAAUGGUCAAUAUCAAAGUCAAUUAAGACAGGUUGAAGUUCCAAUUGUGGCUUGGGCAUCAUGUGAAACUAGUUUGCGAAAUACCAGACUUGGAAAUUUCUUUACUUUAGAUCAAACAAGCUUUAUAUGCGCUGGAGGUGAAGCUGGAAGGGACGCUUGCACUGGAGAUGGCGGAGGAGCCCUUGUUUGCGAAGUAUCUGCAGGUCAGUUUCAAGUUGUAGGUUUAACAUCAUGGGGAAUAGGUUGUGGACAAACACUUGUUCCAGGUGUAUACGUUAAUGUAUAUUCAUAUCUUUCAUUUAUAAGAAAUUAUGUAUCUUCUACUGCAAAUGCUGGAUAAAUUUCCCAAACCUCCGAAAAUCAAGGAAAAAUAUUGUACACAAUUUUCUAAUAAACUAAAUCAAAAAAUUAGUUUGACUUUUAAUUUUACCAAUAUUUCUCAUGGACUAAUUGAAAUUAAUAU